GGCCACGCGGGGCCUGUGGUCGGCGGCGGAGCUCGAGCGGCAGCGACAGGGGCAGUAUGGUGAAACCCGCGUACAGGGGCCGCGGGACCGUUAACCCGUCCAGGUCGAGCACUAACCCCGAUCGGCCGAAAGAUGCAGGCCAUACAAGAGACCGGGCGACUAUUAACCGCCUUAAUAUGUACAGACAGAAGGAACGAAGAAACAAAGCAGGAAAGAUCAUCCGGCCCCUGCAAUUCCAGUCAAAAGUUUCAUCCGGCACUACUGCCCGCGUGGAACCAAAUAUCAAGUGGUUUGCUAACACACGUGUCAUAAACCAGUCAUUGCUACAAAAAUUCCAAGAUGAAAUGGGCAACGUGAUGAAAGACCCUUAUAGAGUAGUUAUGAAGCAGACCAAACUUCCAAUGUCCCUCCUCAAUGACCGAAUCAAGCCUCACAAUUCAAAAGUUCAUAUUCUGGAUACGGAAACAUUUGAAACAACCUUUGGUCCUAAAGCUCAACGAAAGAGGCCAAAUCUUGGUGUCUGUGAUGUGCAAAGCCUGGUGGAGAAAGCUCAGACAUUGGCAGAAGAAUAUGAUUUAGAAAAAGACCGAGAUCUGGUUGUGGAAGACACUGGCGUAAGGGAUGAAGUCAGAGAAGAAAUCUUCAAAAAAGGGCAGUCUAAAAGAAUAUGGGGUGAGCUGUACAAGGUGAUUGAUUCAUCGGAUGUUAUAAUCCAAGUACUGGAUGCCAGAGAUCCAAUUGGCACACGUUCACCCCAUAUAGAGGCUUACAUAAAGAAGGAAAAGCCAUGGAAACAUUUGGUAUUCGUAUUUAAUAAGUGUGACCUCGUACCUACCUGGGCAACGAAACGAUGGGUUGCAAUCCUCUCACGUGAAUAUCCAACUCUUGCCUUUCACGCCAGCCUCACCAAUCCCUUUGGAAAAGGUGCUCUCAUCCAACUCUUGCGACAGUUUGGCAAGCUUCACAAUGACAAAAAGCAGAUCAGUGUCGGUUUCAUUGGCUAUCCUAACGUUGGCAAGAGCUCUAUCAUUAAUGCACUUCGAUCCAAGAAAGUUUGUAAUGUUGCACCUAUUGCUGGUGAGACAAAGGUCUGGCAGUAUAUCACUCUGAUGAGACGCAUUUUCCUAAUUGAUUGCCCUGGUGUUGUUUAUCCAUCUGGGGAUACAGAGACUGAAAUAGUGCUAAAAGGAGUGGUUCAGGUAGAGAAAAUCAAAUGUCCUGAGGAUCAUAUUCCUGCCGUACUGGAAAGAGCUAAAUCCGAAUACAUAAGCAAGACUUACAAGAUCGAUGGCUGGAACAAUGCAGUGGAUUUCUUAGAAAAGCUAGCUUUCCGAAUGGGAAAGCUUUUAAAGGGUGGAGAACCAGACAUACAAACUGUAGCCAAAAUGGUGCUGAAUGAUUGGCAAAGAGGCAGAAUACCUUUCUUUGUGAAACCACCAAAUGCAGAGACAAACUCUAAGCUAUUAGAUACAUCGAAAAUGCACAAAGAACCUGAUGACAUUAAUCAAGUGAAGGAGUCAUCAGAAGAACUAAAUGUUGAAAGUGAACCCGACAAAACUGAAAUCCCCAAUAUGACACAACAGAUUAUUGCUCAAGUUAGGCAAAACUUUGGAAAAAUCAACGUCGCGCCUGAAUUUUCAGAUACAGACCUCCAGCCUGUAAACCUUUCUGACAUUGAAGAGAUGUACUCAGAGGAAGAGGAUGAGGAGCUUCAAAUGGAGGAUUGUGAAGAAAAAGAAUCAACUGAAGCUAAUCAAAAUAAACUUGAAGAAAGUAAUUUUCAAGCGGAGGGCAAAUCAAAAAGACCAAAAGAAGUCCUGCAGGAUUUGGAUGACAAAAUUGCUAAAUACAAAAAGUUCUUGGAUAAAGCCAAAGCAAAGAGAUUCUCAGCUGUUAGGAUUCCCAAAGGACUUACUGCAAAACUGCUGACCAAAUCAGGUCAAAAGUCAACUGAUCAAGAAGAGAAACUAAAAGAAAGGGGUCGCCUAGUCGGAAAGAGAAAAGCUCAAAACGAAUCCGAUGAUGAACAACCUCCUCCAGCCAAGCUUUCAUCCAAAGAGAAACGAAGACUUGACCGACUGCAGCACUCAAAGAAGGUUGGUGUUCGAUACUAUGAAACACACAAUGUCAAGAAUAAGAACAAAAACAGAAGUACAUCCAAAUCUCAGAAAUUUAAAAAGAAACGAUAAUGUUGAAAUAAAAUAACAUGGUUUUCUUUGUGCAAUAAAAAUUUUAAUAAAAGUG